AUGGGAGGUAUGAUGAUUGAUCGAGCUGCUUUUCCGGCCGAUCCUCCACAGACUGCUGACGAGCAGUCUGUGGAGUCGGAAGAGGCAGAAGAGAGUUCUGAUGCUAAUCCAAGAGCCACCACAGAUGAAGACAACGAAUGGAUCAUGGUGGACGACGACGAAGAUAAUGACGACGAGACCACUAAUGCCAUACAAUCGACGUUUGAGGAGACUAACACUUCUCAAGAUAAAGAAGAGGCCGAUAUACACCAACCUUCGGUCGAUUGUUCAGCCGAAAGCAAGAGGUUUUAUCCAAGGCUUCUCGGUUUUCAGAGAAAGGGCAAUGCAAGAAAAACCGCUGCAAAACGCCAGGCCAUGAUCGCCCUACCUGGCAAUGAAAGCGAGAUUUUCGAAGAGACGGGAGUCCACCUCAAGGAUGAAGACCAAAUCCUCGAUGAAGAAGAAAUGCAGGCAACUCUGGGAAAGCUUGAAGUCGAUACAACUUCGUACAUCCAAGAGGGAGAACGGCAAGACCGCUUCGUAGAGACUGCUCGUAAAAUCGUCAGCUUUUUGAAGUCCGCGGCUUCUAAAUGCCGAGCAUCCGAAGAUUUUUUACUGGAGAAUCUCCUAAGCGGAAUUGAUAAUUCGGUUCAUUUCACUCUUGGGAAUCUGGACUUCACGCUGGACGACCUAGUAAACCUCCCACGAUGGUCGGUCGCAAAGAACCUUGAAAAAGGUGUUUAUGUCGACGUGUUGCAUAUCAAGGAAGAAUUCGAGCAAAUCCGACAGCUCUACGUAGGUUCCGCCACGGGAAAAUUUGGGUUCGCUCAACGCUGGUACGAAUAUAUGCAACGGCUGGUAAAACAUAAGUGCGGCAGACACGACCAGGCUGUCCUGAAGCCCAACUCGACUGUGUGCCUUCGCGGCCUUGCACAAUAUGAUGACACGCGAUAUCCGUGGUUAAUCUGCUUCGCCGAGACUUUUUUCAUGAUCUAUCUCGGCACUGUUACAGAUCCUGUUUGGCGUCCUACAGAAGAUGAUGUCAGGCGUUUUUACAUCAACAACGAACUCUAUGAGCUUGUCGAAGCUUGUAGACGCGCCGCAGGCCUACCAGCCCCUCUUUCAGUCGGACUCAACUCAACAUGGUCACUCUGUCAAGGAUAUCGUGUAGGCUCGAACAUUAACUCCGCUUGCCUUAAAUUCCUUAUCAUUACUGUUCGUGCCCAAGAUCAGUCUGCUAUUUGA